CUCCUAGUCGGGUUUUCAAAUUGGGAAACAACCCCUUGAUUUGACCUUGGGGUCUCCAAGUUCGUCGUAAUAACUCCCAGAAAUGAUCAAGGUACGGUAAGCAAGCCUCAGGCAGGUAAUGAUGCUCUACCUUCUUCGGCCGAUCUUACCCCAACGCCAAUCAGCCGUAGCGAAGCUGAAUCAUCACCAAUUCAUCCUCCCUAUAAUCCGCAUUCCUCAUGAUGUGCCUGCCACUUCCUCAACAAGCCGAGUUCAGGACCACAGUGUUCUUGUGGGACAGCCCUGGUUCCCUACCAACCACAAGUCGUCGUGGUUUCUCCUCCGAGUCGUUGCCCUCGAAUCGACACGGCUCCAAAGCAUUGCAACCUUCUCAAUCCGCUUGAGGAUGACGGUCGGCACCCUCGUUCUCAAGCCCCGAAUUGGCUGUUUGGACUCGAGGAUUCGUAGGGUCAGCUCGCGCUGUCGUCGAAUGAAGUCGCGUUCGAGCUGUUGUUCGAGAUCUACGAAGGAGGUUGUAAAAGGCAAUGGCGGCAGCGGCUUGUUUGUGUCCACCUGUUUCAGGUUGCUCACCGGCAGUAUGUCUGCAGCCCUCGAAUGUUUGAGCGAGGUCGUCUGCUGCGCUUCACUUCCUUCAGGUUGGGGUAAGGGUGGUUUUUCGUGAAGCCUCGAGUCGUCGUCGAGAGUGGAUUGAGACUCGGCUUUGCUGUGCAGCGGGGUGCCCUAUGCGCUGCAGUAUCCGAUCUAGAGUUUUCUUGUUGAGUGAAAUUCGGUGCCGCAGGGCGGACGAGUUUCGUAUCCUUCGCUUCGUCGGUAGGAGAGCCUUAACUUGGGUCUCUGGGACCGCGAUACGGUGUUUCCCAUAGUAUCGAGAGAAAAAUAACUCAAGAGGUGUGAGUUUGGGGUGACGGAUGCCGGUCCUGGCGGCAUUCCAUGA